AUGAGUAUGAAAUAUAUUGCUGCAUAUUUUAUAGCUGCGCUAUCGGGGGCAAAACAUCCCGGUGAGGAGAUUGAGAAAAUCAUAAAAUCAGUUGGGGGGGAGGUUGAUGAUAAGGUACUUAGUGGAUUCAUUAAUGCCAUAAAAGAUAAACAACCUCACGAAUUGAUUUCUGCUGGCCUUGGAAAGUUACAAACAAUUUCUAUGUCAUCCGCUUCUGUUUCCGCUGCUGCUCCUGCCACCGUACACGGUGGAGCUACCGCUGAGCCUGAGAAAAAGGAAGAAGAGGAAGAGGAGGAUGAUGACAUGGGAUUUUCUCUCUUUGACUAA